AAUAUUUGAAUAAUGAAAUCUCGUAUGUGCACUUAAUUCUUUUUUCUUAGAUUGAUUGAUUUUUCUAUGAUCAAUGGUCUUAAACAAUCUUGGGAAAACCAAUAUUACCAUAUUUGGAAAUGUUAUAAUUAGUAAUUGGUGUAUAAACUUAUAAAGCUCCUUUCUUAGUUUGGUUUAACACUCUUUAAAAGAAAUGGCGAAAGCAAAAAAAGUUUUGGAAGAAGCUGUGGAAUCUAAUAUUCUGGAAAUAGAUCUGGUUGAUAAGAACAUAAGUUUAUUUGAAGAAUUACCUGGUAUAUUAGAAAUGAAUCAUAUCACACGUUUGACUUUAAGUCAUAAUAAAAUAGUUACUGUACCUCCUGGUCUUGCCAAUCUCACGAAUUUGGAAAUCUUGACACUAUCAAACAAUUUGAUUGAAGAGCUACCAUUAUCAUUGUCGUCAAUGCCAAAAUUGAGAAUAUUGAAUCUCUCUAUGAAUCGAUUGUAUAACUUACCUAGAGGAUUUGGUGCCUUUCCAGUUCUUGAAGUUCUGGACUUAUCAUAUAAUAACUUGAAUGAAAAAACACUGCCUGGAAACUUUUUUAUGAUGGCCACUCUUCGUGCACUAUAUUUAGCAGAUAAUGAUUUUGAAUAUCUAUCAAGUGAUCUGAAAAAUUUGAAACAACUUCAAAUACUAGUAUUACGGGAAAAUGAUUUGAUUGAACUUCCAAGAGAAAUUGGUGAAUUAACACGUUUGAGGGAACUCCAUAUUCAAGGGAACCGUUUAACAAUACUGCCUCCAGAAGUUGGAAAUUUGGAUAUGACUUCUAAUAAGUCGGUCUUCAAGUUUGAAGGAAACGAAUGGGUCAAUCCUAUAAAAAAGCAGUUGGAACUGGGUUUAAGUCAUCUUGCUGAAUUUUUAAAAAGUGAGCAGUACAGGAUAUUGUUCAACAGAUACUCAACUAACAAGCCUCCAAUUCCUCCUCCAUGUGUUGAUAAAGCAAAAAAAGUUUCUAGAAUUCGUUGAAGAUUCAUAAAUAUAUAUUUUAACAUUUACUUCAUAGAUUGAAAUCAGAUAGUAAGUCCUAUAUUAUAAUUUAUUUUAUCAGUUCAAAGUUUCAUCUCAAUUAUUUCAACUUUAUUUAAUUUUUAGAAUUCUUCUAAAUAGGAGUAUUUUUUCAAAUGAAUUGGGAAUGAUGUAUAUCAGUUAUUAUACAGCUAAAUAUAAAUGGUAAAUUCAAUUGAAUGAUAACUUGUGCCACUGCCUUUUUUGCUUGAUAUAUUUAUGAUUGUUGCUUGAAAUCUUUUAAUAUUUCUGUUUUAAAAUAUUAAUUAAUAUCUAAAAAAACUUAAAAAUCAAGCUAACUCUAAAAUUAUGACCAAUUGUAUUAUUAUUUUUCUAACAAUUUUUUGGAUUGUUGAUUGAAAUUGAAUAUUAUACUUUAUUUAAAUAAUUUUAAACUAUCAUUGUUAUAAAUUUUAAUAUUUUAUAUAUUUGCUGCUUAUGUACAAAAGUUUUCACAUAUAUGACACUUGUGCCUUAUGUUUAACAUUGAAUAAUAUAUAGAAUUUGUAAUGAGUAUUUUAUAUUACUGAAACAAACUAUUUUUCUAUGUUGCUUUAAUUUUUUUAUUAAUAAAAGACGAGUCACUUUAA